GAAAAGGAAAGAAAACGAGAAUCACUUAAAACUGAAAGCGCUAAAAACUAAAAAGUGUUAGUUGAUUUAUAAAUACGGAUUGAAAGAAUUGAAACAAGGAAGAAACGCAGAAGACAAAGAUCCACCGAUAUCCAGUUACCCGACCAAUUGUGAUCCGACCCGUCACCGUAGAGUCCAAUUUCAGUCGUUACAUAAAUCUAUUCAGACGAAACCCGUUAACGCUCCGUCAGAAACUCGAGGAUUCCGUCAAUGGAGGACGACCACAGUAAUGGCGACAUCAACGUCGAAACCUCCAAAGCCGACCGAUCGGUGUGGCUCAUGAAGUGCCCUCCCAUCGUCUCCAAGGCCUGGCAGUCCUCCGCCGCCUCCGCCUCCGCCUCCGUCGACUCGCCGCCCGUCGCCAAAGUCGUGGUUUCUCUCGAUCUCCUCCAGCCGGAUGACUCCUCCGCCCUCCAAUUUACUAUGGAGAUGGCUGGGAGUGAGAUUGCGAAUAUGCCGAAGAGUUACUCUCUCAACAUGUCUAAGGAUUUCGUUCCCAUGGGCAUCUUCUCCGAGUCGACUCAAGGAAGAGUUGCAAUGGAAGGAAAAGUCGAACAUAAAUUUGAUAUGAAACCCCACCAUGCAAACAUUGAAGAGUACAGAAAAAUGUGCCGGGAAAGGACAAAUAAGUCCAUGGUGAAGAAUAGACAAAUCCAGGUUAUCAAUAAUGAUCGUGGUGUACACAUGAGGCCCAUGCCUGGAAUGAUGGGAUUGAUUACGUCGACUUCUAAAGAUAAGAAAAAACCAGCUCCAGUUAAGGGGUCUGAUGUGAAAAGAACUAGAAGGGAUCGUGGGGAGCUGGAAGAUAUCAUGUUUAAGCUUUUUGAGAGGCAACCUAAUUGGACGCUCAAGCAGCUUGUUCAAGAGACAGAUCAACCUGCGCAAUUUUUGAAAGAGAUAUUAAAUGAGCUCUGCGUAUACAAUAAAAGAGGAACAAACCAAGGUACUUAUGAGCUGAAGCCAGAGUAUAAGAAAUCUGUUGAAGAUACGGGUGCUGAACCAUGACUUCGUAUUGUCUGUACAUUAGAUUACAAUUAAGAGAAAUUCUGUUCUAUUAGAAAAAAAAGUUCCCCAAUCUUUAAUGCCAUACAUCUCUUUUGGAUAUGGAGAUGUGCUUAGAUCUACUGUUCUUAUAGAACUAUGAAAGGAAGGGAUUGAUGCUAAAAUUCCCUGUUACUAACACCAGUUUAUUUCUGUUUGUGGAUUAGGUUACAAUAUAUGUGUAUUCUAAGUGCUCUUUUCUCUUCCGCCAA